GAUGUGAUCGUGACAGACCAUUAUCAUCACAUGGACGGAGAACAAGUAUGUAAAUUGUUGCAAGAGAAUAGGUUGACUUUGUCUUUGUUAGCCAGACAACCUCGAAAAAUCAAGAAGCGCUCUUAUAACUAUCUCUCACACACGCUCAGCAUUGCACUUUUCUACAGUAUUCCUGUGGUCCAGUUGGUUGUCACCUAUCAAAGGGAAAAAGGAAUUCCUGUGCAUUUACGGUUUAUUUCAUGCAAUGGGAGUUGCUCUUAUCAUAGAGGGUUUGCUUUCUGCCUGCUAUCACAUAUGCCCCAGUCAGUCGAACUACCAGUUUGAUACUAGUUUUAUGUACGUAAUGACGGUACUGAUAAUGGUUAAACUGUAUCAAAAUCGUCAUCCUGAUAUCAAUGCAACAGCCUAUACUACCUUUACAGUCCUCGGAGCCGUCAUAUUUAUGGCCACAGUUGGUAUCUUGAAUGGGAGCCUUUCAGUAUGGGUUCUAUUUGUGGUGUCUUACAGCGCCCUCUGUGUAGCAGUGUCCCUAAAAAUUUAUUUCCUAAAUCACGUAUUAGAUGGGUUGAAGCAAUGCAAAGGAUGAUACAAAAAGAUGGAUUUUCUUCAGAUGCCUUUAAGCCGGUCCGAAAAGGACUGUGUCUUUAUUCAAGGAAUGUGACUGAUUUUGGUACAUUUUUGCUUGGCCUACUCAUGGCUAACG